AUGUAUGUCCCCUGGUCACCCAGGACAGAGCUAGGAGGAAAGCAUAGUGCUGUUCAUUCUGUCACACCUUAUCCUUCACAGUUGUCCGUACUCUCCCAACAACAGCAGAAAAUGGACACAACUCAGGCAUCAGUGUCAUUCAAGGACGUGACUGUGGAGUUCACCCAGGAGGAGUGGCAGCAAAUAGGUCCAAUUCAGAGGACCCUGUAUAGAGAUGUGAUGCUGGAGAACUACAACAACCUCGUCUCAGUGGGGAACUGCAUUUUCAAACCAGCAGUAAUCUUCAAAUUGGAGCAAGGAGAGGAGCCUUGGUUCUUAGAAGAAGAAUUCUUAAACCAGAGCCACCAAGAAGAUUACAGAGAUGAUUACCUGAUCAAGAGGAACAAGAAAAUCAAAGACAACCACUUUCAGGAAGUAAUAUCCAUUGAUAAUAAACUAUUGACUGGAGAGGAAGAGGAAAUUUUGGGAAAACAGUUUAAUCUGCACAUAGCUCCUGUUUCAACAAAAAUGUCCUGUAAAUAUGACUCAUGGGGAGUAAAUUUGCAAAAUAUUUCCCAAUUUAUCAUUAAUAAUAGAAACUAUUCAACAAAAAAACCAGAUUGCUGUAGUGUAUGUGAAAAUUUGUCUUUCAAAAUUAAGUUUGAGAGAAAUCACACUGGAGAGAAGUUAUAUGAAUAUAAUAGAAGUGGGGAAGCUUUCAGUUAUAAGGAAAAUCCUCCUGAGAGUCAAAAGUGUCAAACGUUGGAGCAAGCUUUUAAAUAUAAUGAAAUUGGAAAAACCAUCUAUGAUGAGGCUGCCUGUGUUACACAUAAGAAUAUUCACACAGGAGAAAAAUCCUAUAAAAAUGAUGGAUUUAGGGGGAAAAAUGAAAAAACAACUGUCUUUAACUAUAAAACAACUGGGACAGGGGAGAAAUACCCUCAUCUUAACCAAUGUGGGAAAUCCUUCUGUGAGAAGUCAGCUCUCAAGGAAUACAAUAAAUUCAACAUAGCUGUGAAACAUGAAUGUAAUGCAAGUGGGAAUAAUUUCUACAGGAAGUCAUACUUCACUCAACCUCAGAUACCUGUCACAGAAGAGAACUCAUUAGUAUGUAAUGACAGAAGACAAACUGGGGAUAAAUCCUUUGAAUAUCAUGAAGAUAGGAAAUCCUACCACAUAUCAGCCCACAAAGUACGACAGCGAAGUCACUCUGAAGUAAAACCCUAUAAGUGUAAUGAAUGUGGUAAAUCUUUCUUUCAAAAAGGACAUCUCAUUCAACAUCAGAGAACUCACACAGGAGAGAAACCAUUUGAAUGUAAUGAAUGUGGAAAAACCUUCUCCCAGAAGUCACACCUCAGUACACAUCAGAGAAUUCACAGAGCAGAAAAACCCUAUAAGUGUAAUGAAUGUGGGAAAACAUUUGUCCAGAAGUCAACCCUCAGGGGACAUCAGAGAAUUCAUACAGGAGAGAAGCCUUAUAAAUGUAGUGAAUGUGGGAAAACUUUUGUUCAAAAGUCAACCCUCAGAGAUCAUCACAGAAUUCACACAGGAGAGAAAUCCUUUCAGUGUAAUGAAUGUGGGAAAACUUUUGGUCAGAAGUCAAACCUCAGAAUACAUCAGAGAACACAUAGUGGUGAGAAAACAUAUCAGUGUAACGAAUGUGAAAAAUCGUUCUGGCGAAAAGACCAUCUCAUUCAACAUCAGAAAACACACACAGGAGAGAAACCUUUUAAAUGUAAUGAAUGUGGGAAAACUUUUGCCCGGACAUCAACCCUUAGAGUGCAUCAAAGAAUUCAUACUGGGGAGAAACCAUUUAAAUGUAAUGAAUGUGGGAAAAAAUUUGUCCGGAAGGCAAUCCUUAAUGAUCAUCAGAGAAUUCAUACAGGAGAGAAACCUUUUCAGUGUAAUAAAUGUGGGAAAACUUUUGGCCAGAAAUCAAACCUCAGAAUACAUCAGAGAAUUCACAGUGGUGAAAUCUUAUAA